AGUGGGAAACAUCAAAUUCUGCUCUCAGAUAUUCACGCACAGACGACAGGGCUGACCUAAAGGUGAAACCUAUAGACUGACCCCCUCAGGGAAAAAAAACAAAAUCACCCAAUCCAACAUAGAUAUCUCUAGAAUGAAAAUUGAAAUGGACCAAAGUGAGGUGUUAGACACCCGGCCUGAUUUCCAGCCUUGUUCAAUGGGUGCAGGUGACCUCUGGGCCGUGGAAGCUCUGAUCUCCAUGACCGAGCACUGGAAGACGAGGAACUUCAGGCCCAAACAGCCCAGACCCCUCACCCCCUCCUCAGAAUGCUCAGAGGAUGACUCCGUGACCUCUGGUCUUUCUGCGAUGCAUGAGUCGUCUUUUUGCAUGACGCCACCCUACAGCCCACCCGACUGUGAGGCCACACUUUCAGGGUCACCGCAUAAACUGCAUCACUCUCCAGAGGAUGCAGCCAUUUCCCAGAAGUACCAGUGCACUAGCGUGAUCCGCCACACUGCGGAUAUCCAGCACUGCUCCUGUAGCACUCAUCAACCCUUGCAAGAAGACACAGCCUCGGCGUCUCUUGCGCAGGACUCUAAAACGAAUGUGGACGCCUCUAACAGUUGGACUAACAGAGACUCUGAUAAGACUGUUGCAAAACAGAAAACCUCCAAAGAUGCAUCAGCGCACUUUGAACUCAGCCAGAUCCAGAUGAGUCGGAUAAAACCGGACGAUAGAUCAAACAUGGCCCCUUCAGUUCCGGCUGAAAUCACGCUAGUUUCUCGUGUACCAGUCUUUAGCCAGAUCGUUCCCGUGUCCUCCACAUCCACCAUUAGAUCGCAAAACAGUGUCAUAACCUCUUCGUCUAUUCCAUUAGCAAUCACACACUCACACGCUUCACAGCAGAAACUUGGAUCACCACUGAUACCAACAGGUUCCCCUCCACGUAUCCUGUUAGUAGAGGGUCAGGUGGUGAAAGGCCCCAUAGUGUUUCUUGUCCCCCAAUCAUCAGUGCCUGCCGUCUGGAACCUUCAGCAAGCGCAGAUGACAUCUAGUGGAACCAGGUUUGCACCCAUUGCCCCUGCUCCUGGGUGUGCCGCAUUGGAGCAAAGGAGCGCCGCUCUGCAAAGAGAGUCAUCACGUGUGCGCAGUCAUGUUUGCCCUCAUGAGGACUGUGGCAAGACCUACUUCAAGAGCUCCCAUCUCAAGGCCCACAUGAGGACACACACAGGUGAGAAACCCUUCAAAUGCAAGUGGGAGGGCUGCGAGAGGCGAUUUGCUCGUUCAGAUGAGCUUUCCCGCCAUCGUCGAACACACACCGGAGAGAAAAGGUUUAAGUGCCCCAUGUGCCUCAGCCGCUUCAUGCGCAGCGAUCACCUGGCUAAGCACGCCCAACGACACUUUGUGGCGAGGAAGAAACCCUUCUGGGCAUUAGGGAUCAGCCCCGUCGCAGACCUCACCGUGUCCACUGCUAUUAAAGUCUCCUCUACGAACGCUCUCGCGAGACACUCCAAUUGCUGAAAGGCCAAACAAAAACUUUUUGUGGCUGAAUUUGCAGAUAUUUGUUUUUCCACUUAAAAAGUGCAACACAGGUUGAGCACUGCUGUGUGUAUGGAGAGGAACCAAGCUCUCUUCCAUGAGCUCUUGUUUCCUGCAACUUUUUGUUUUUCUGUCUUUUUGUUUUUUUAUUUGACCAGUCUGCUCGUUCCUUAUGAAAUAUAUUAUUUUUAAACAAUGUUUGUGCAAUGUUUAGUUUUUGUUCGGAACACAGUAUUACAAAGCAAACUUUGUAGCUUGAGGUCAAUAUUGAGAUCAAGGGUUUGCAUGUUUCUGGGGUAAUGAUGGUAGGAGUUUAUCCUGUAAUCGGUAGGGUAGGUUGCUGGUUCAAACCCUGCACCGUUUGUCUCACUUGUGUGUUUGGGAAAGAUACUUCUCCUGUCUUGCCUGCUAGUGGUGGUCAGGUCCCAGUGACACAGAUGCAUGGCAGCCCCGCUUUUGAUGAGAGAAAUGAAAAAACCCAGUAACACACAGCCACAUCAUUCAGGUGUUUAUUAAUGUUCAUUUUGACAAGCUACAGCAGAAAUUUAACAGAAGGCAAGUGCCUUACCAGUUUUUUUCUUAGACAGAGACUUGGGAGACGACUUUACAGAUGUGACACAUGCAAUGCAAGCAACCUUGCAUUGUCAAAAACUCUGGCAAUAUUCUUGCAACACAUGUAUCCAGUAUAAAUAAGAGAAUGUGAAGUUUAUAGAAUUACAAACGUACUGUUUUGUUACUAAAAUGUCCCUUUCUGUUGCAGCUGAUUCCUUAUCCAUCAACACUUACCCUGUUCCAUCUGCAGCACAUGCUGUCUAAUGCUGUGGCGGCAACCUGCUGGCCCUUUUCGGAAAGCCGCUCUGCACUUUGUCAAAACACAAACACACCAGCUAACUGGUGAUCACUUAACUUUUGCUUUCGAACCGCACCGGGCUGAAACAGUCUAUGUUUUCUGCAAGGAGCAGAUGCCACUGCGACACCAAUGAUAACUGAAAAUAGUAGAUUUUUGAAUGAACUGAUGGGAGUUAAGCUUGUCAUAUAUAAUAAAUUAUGCAAGGCAAUAAAAAUUAUAAAUACAAGUGUAAUAAAAACAUUUUUUUCAGAGCAACA